UGUAGCUGGCUUCCUAUGAGAAGGAUGUAUUUUCCAAGGCUCAUCACAUUCACCAAGGCCCGCGAAAAAUCCGAUUUGUGGGAAAAUGGAGAGCGCACCAAGAAGAGACCCUUCAACUCAACUGGGGUUGGCCAUACAGGGGAAGAGGCGAGAAGCUUCUACGAGAGCCUCCUCGCUAAUGACGAAGAGCCACCAGCUCCAAGAAAACCAUCUCGGAAGCGCAGAGCUCACAGAUCUCCACCACAAGAAGAGCCACGUAUCGGGUCUUCCCAGGGUGGACCGAAUACGUCUGUCCAGGAACCGAUGAACCAAAAAGCGGGCCACCAGCUGCUCAGAUGUUCACAGUACGGAGACAUGAAAGGUUUGAGACAGCUGGUGGAAAAAGAACAUUGUGACAUCAAUUUCCAUGACGGUUAUUACUGGACGCCGCUGAUGAGUGCGGCAUUCGCGGGUAACAAAGACGCUGUGAGUUACUUGUUGAAAAGAGGAGCGGCCUGGGUGGGCGUCUGUGAAACUCGAGGCAAGGACGCGCUGAGGUUAGCAGAAGAAGGAGGACACCGGGAGGUCGUCAAGCUUCUGCAGGAUUCUCUGAAGGGUCAGCCGCAGGAGUCCCAACCAAGAGCACAGCCGCCGGAAAGGAAAUUCUGCGACGUUUGCAAGACGCAUUACCAGGAAGACAGCAUAGAGAUACACGAACGAUCUACCGUUCAUCUGUUCAACAAGAAGAAGAAACUCCCAGCCACGUAUUACGCUAUCCCAGAGCACAACGUGGGCUUUAAGAUGAUGGUUAAGGAAGGCUGGGAUCGUGAGUCAGGCCUGGGACCUGAAGGGUCAGGCAGGAAAUUUCCUAUUCAGACCGUUCUCAAGAGGGACCAAAAAGGUCUUGGCUUUCAGAGAAACGAGAAGCCCAAAGUCACCCAUUUUGCUUCUAAUGACACGCAGGCAGUUGCUAGGCCACAGACUACACAUAUGAGGACAGAAAGGGUGGCUACUGUCAGCAAAAAGGAAGAAAAAAGAAAGGAAGACAAAACUAAAGCCUGGGAAAGGAAUUUGAGGACCUAUAUGAACAUUGAUUUUUAAAAUCCUGCUGUGAUGUGCGUAUAAAUGCUUUGA